AUGACGAUGUCAACAACCACAGCCUCGUUUCCUCAGCUGACCAGCAUGACGUCAUCCCCAGACAGGGAGAUGUCCGGCAUGGUCAGCCAAGAUGUCUCAGAUUGGAUCAGGACCGUUGUAGGUGUUUGGUUGUGCUCCCUCCUCUCAGCACUAGGUAUCACCACCAAUGCUCUAGUCAUCGCUGUCUUUGCCAAACAAGGUUUCAAAGACAGUAUGGCAAUCUCCAUGACCGCCAUAGCUGUUUGGGACUUUCUAAAGUGUGUCUGUUGUCUGAUAGGACGGUUGUACUGGGUCAUGGGGUUAACGGAUCCUCCCUUAGGGCAGAUGUGGGCCGACGUGACGGCGAUCUUAUUGACCUACUUACACAGUUUUAUGGGGUUCGUCUCUUGCGCUCUGGCAGCCUACGUGUCCACAGAGCGAUGCUUGUGUGUAAGCAUGCCCUUUAAGGUCAAGGACAUAUUCACUAGAAAGUUGACCAUUAUUAUGAUGGUCGUCAUCUCAACAAUUGUCCUUGGUUCUUUUAUGGUUGUAUUUGCUCUUUGGGAAGUCAGGGUGAACUUUGACCCCGUCCGUAAUACAAGCACGACCACCUUAGUCUUCAGCGAUUUCCGCCGACAACAUGGCGUGUCUGUAUUGCUGUACUACAACAUUGUUAGUAUCUUUUGGCCGCUAUUAAGCUUUGUCGUUAUUGUUGUCAGUGCAGUUAUUAUCACACAUCACUUACAGAAAUCUUCAGAGUUUAGAGGGAAGAAUGUCAACUCCCAAGAAAGUCAAAUGUCGGCGAGGGAUUUGCAGGUCAUCAAAAUGCUCAUCGUCAUCAUUGUAGUUUAUAUCGUGAAUCUGUUUCCUCGAAUUGUCCAGUAUUUUGCCAGGUUCGUUGAGCCCGAGUUUUACCUCGGAAUGAGAUAUCAUAACCUAUUCAUUGUGGUCAUAAAUGUUGUAUUCAUUUUUGACUUUGUCAACGCGUCCACUAAUCUCUUCAUUUUUGUGACCAUGAGUUCAAACUUCCGAAGCACUUUUGUGGACAUGUUUGGAGACUGGUGGGUUAUACAGAACAAGAAAGACAAGUGUUAG